CUAAUUUUAAAAACAUAUGGUGAUUUCUUUUCUAAAAAGGAAACAAAAUGAAAAGAACAAAAAAAACAGCUCACGACGCAUCAUCACGUUUCCCGGUUCUGUUGUCUUCUCGUAUAUAUUAAUUUGGUGUGUGAGUGAGUGCUGCUUCGUCAAGAUUCGUUUCAAAUAAUAAAACGUGGACCCCGACCGUCUCCUCCUCCACCACCACCACCUUUGGUUUCCGUUUCUCGAAACCAUCUCUAUUUCUGGGUUUUUCUUUUUUCGUUUUUGUUUCCCUCUCCGUUUCUUUCGUUUUCAAACUCCCCCCACCAAAACCCUAGUUUUCUGACAUUUCUCUACUUCCUGGGUUUUCUCAAGUCCAGCUCGUUUUAUUCCAUUUCGAAACUCUGCGUGUUUUGGUGGGUCUUUUCGUCAAAGUUGUCUCCUUUACGGUCCUUUUCACCAGCGCCUGUAUAUAAAAAAAGGACGACUCAAUUUCUUAAAGUCACAUUUUUCCGUAAAAAUUCAGACUCUCUGUUCUUUAUCUGUUAGUGCUUCACAAUGGACGGUGCCGGAGAAUCACGAAGCGGCGGUGAUGGCUCAGUUGGGGUACAGAUCCGACAAGCACGGCGGCUACCGGAUUUUCUCCAGAGCGUGAAUCUCAAGUAUGUAAAAUUGGGUUACCAUUACUUAAUCUCCAAUCUCUUAACUCUCUGUUUGUUCCCUCUCGCCGUUGUUAUCUCCGUCGAAGCUUCUCAGACGAACCCGGACGAUCUCAAACAACUCUGGAUCCAUCUCCAGUACAAUCUGGUUAGUAUCAUCAUCUGCUCCGCGUUCCUUGUCUUCGGAUUAACCGUCUAUGUCAUGACCAGGCCUAGACCCGUUUACUUGGUUGAUUUCUCCUGUUAUCUCCCGCCUGAUCACCUCAAAGCUCCUUACUCUCGUUUCAUGGAGCAUUCUAAACUCACCGGAGAUUUCGAUGACUCUUCUCUCGAGUUUCAACGCAAGAUCCUUGAGCGUUCUGGUUUAGGGGAAGACACUUAUGUCCCUGAAGCUAUGCAUUAUGUUCCUCCCAGAAUUUCAAUGGCUGCUGCUAGAAAAGAAGCUGAACAGGUCAUGUUUGGUGCUUUAGAUAACCUUUUCGCAGACACUAAUGUGAAUCCGAAGGAUAUUGGAAUCCUUGUUGUGAAUUGUAGUCUCUUUAAUCCGACACCUUCGUUAUCUGCGAUGAUUGUCAACAAGUAUAAGCUCAGAGGUAACAUUAGAAGCUACAACCUCGGCGGUAUGGGUUGCAGUGCUGGAGUUAUUGCGGUGGAUCUCGCUAAAGACAUGUUGUUGGUACACAGGAACACUUAUGCGGUUGUUGUCUCAACUGAGAACAUCACUCAGAACUGGUAUUUCGGUAACAAGAAAUCGAUGUUGAUACCGAAUUGCUUGUUUCGAGUUGGUGGCUCUGCGGUUUUGCUAUCAAACAAGUCCAAGGACAAGAGACGGUCUAAGUACAGGCUUGUACAUGUUGUCAGGACUCACCGUGGAGCAGACGAUAAAGCUUUCCGUUGCGUUUAUCAAGAACAGGACGAUACAGGAAGAACCGGGGUCUCUUUGUCCAAAGAUCUAAUGGCGAUUGCAGGGGAGACUCUCAAAACCAAUAUCACAACAUUGGGUCCUCUUGUUCUACCGAUAAGCGAGCAGAUUCUCUUCUUUGUGACUCUAGUUGUGAAGAAGCUUUUCAACGGUAAAGUUAAACCGUAUAUCCCGGAUUUCAAACUUGCUUUUGAGCAUUUCUGUAUCCAUGCUGGUGGAAGAGCAGUGAUAGAUGAGCUAGAGAAGAAUCUGCAGCUUUCACCUGUUCAUGUUGAGGCUUCCAGGAUGACUCUUCAUCGAUUUGGGAACACAUCUUCCAGCUCCAUCUGGUAUGAAUUGGCUUACAUUGAAGCCAAAGGAAGGAUGCGAAGAGGUAAUCGCGUAUGGCAAAUUGCGUUUGGGAGCGGAUUUAAAUGUAACAGCGCCAUUUGGGAAGCGUUAAGGCAUGUGAAACCUUCGAACAACAGUCCUUGGGAAGAUUGUAUUGACAAGUAUCCGGUAACGUUGAGUUAUUAGGCUUUGUUCGAGGACCUGGCAUUGUAACUUCGAAACUCACAUCCAUGGUUGUUUUCUUUUUAUAGAAGAAGACCCUAGGUUUGAUAUCUGACAAUGUCAAUGUGAUUGUUGUUGUUUCUUAUGUGUUUGGGAGAUUUUGUGAUAUUUGAGUUACAUCAGCGUCAGAUCUUAGAUGUGUAAUGACGAACUCAGAAAAAAAAAAUGCAAAAUAAAAUGUUCUUUGUUAUUA